UAAUUCCAAGUGCAAACUGAACCUCUAAUUUCAAAAAGUGGUUCGAUUGACACUCAGAAGCCAAGUGUCUAAAAUUUAUGAUAAAUUUCGAGAAUUCCUAUUCUGCCAUUUUCCCAUAAAACAAAUAAAAGCGGGUGUUAUUUGAUUUAUGUUCAGCACUGUACUAACGUCAGUAAUAAAACUGACUGAUUGUUAACCUAUGCCAUAAAAAACAUACGAUAAGACAGGUUUAUAAAUAGAGCCAACGCGUCAUAUAGCGACCGUCAGUCAGCUCUGUGCUGUCUUCAUGCUAACAUGUCUUUUGACUUUUUAAUUUUUAAAGCGGGGUUUAUUCUGAUUAAUUCAGGGGAUUUUUUAGUAAAAGUAAUGAAAUUAAUACUUCAGAAUUAUCAAUUCGACAAUCAAUUUAGUUCUGCUAAUUGUACCUAAAGAUGGAUAUAAGGAUAGCUUACCGAUAUUAUGUUGUUAAAUUUUUGGAUCCGCCAUACAGUGACAUCGAUCAAUACGUUUGCAUUCCGGAUUCGUGGAUUCAGUUACGUGAAAUAGCCGAUCAAGUAGUUGUUGCUAAAUUUCCCGUUGAAAAUUUAUCAAUAACAAAAAAACGUGUUAAAGAUGAUGAGGUUUUCUCAGAUGGUUGGUCAAUUUAUGUGGCUGAAGUUAAAUAUGGCACUGAUUCUUACGAAGACGCAGAAAAAUACAUCAAAACACUCAAUGAAAAAUUAAUUAACAAGCAAAGCUGUUCAGGACCGGUCAAUAAUGGCAAUGGACCGUCCAAGAUAAUGGAGAGCUUACGAAGGUCCAAGCGAAAUCAGUCAAAUCUAAGUGUAAAUAAACCUCAAAUAUCUGAAGCUCCGUCAAACUAUACCAUAGAACGCGUAUCAGAACAGCUAGCGGUGAUCGGUACAGAAAUAGAAACUCAUAAAAAACAAACUAACGGAGUCGAGACUGUUAACUCUGCGAAUGAGGUCAUAAAACAGACGAAUGCCUCAUUUGAAUCAUUAAAUGACAAACAGCUAAUAUCGAAUUGGGAAAAUUAUGCGUAUGAAAUUACCGUUAGACAAGAAAAUAAUAAUGAGGAAUCAAACAAUGUUGAUUCAGUUGGAAAUAAUAAUAGUCUAGAAGGCAUAGAAGCAAAUAAAUCACUAGUGAAUCAUGAUGACCCGCAAUCAAUAAACGAAUCAUUGAAUCCUUUAAUAAUUAGCGAACCAAUUUCAGAUACUAGCAAACCAGGUCAGGUAAAAAACGCCAAUGACAUCUUUUUUGAAGAAGGCUUAUCAUUCCUCGAUCAUAUGAGCGAUGCAUUGUUUCAAAACUGUACGGCUUUAGAAAAAUUAAUGAAUAAGGUAAAAAAUUGCUAUGGUAGCGGAAGUUGUGAUCUUAUUAAUACUACAAUAAAAGAUAUGGUAGCUCCGGUGGUAGAAGAGAAAGGACGUGAAGAGAAAGAAAUUGAAAGAAAAAGACAAGUGGCAAAAAGAACACAAGCUGAAAUAGGGAUUAUUAAAAGAAGAGAGGCUGAAAGGAACGAACAGGAAUAUGAUAAUGUUGCUGAUAAUGAUGAGGAUGAUGAUAAUGAUGAUGAUGAUUAUGUGAAAAGAAAACGAUUUCAAUCUCGCAAACUUUCUUUACCACCUGAAUAUGAUAAAAAUGACUCAAAAUGGACUUUAAGGUAUCGUGAGUACGCACCAGGGCUUGUUGAACUUAUGGAACAUACAGGCGUGUAUAUCAAUGCUCUCAGACUUAUGAAUUGUAAAAGAUUAGCGAAAAAUUCUAAAACACUAGCACGAUUAUUGUUAGUAGAAAUUUUUACAGAAAGUGCGUUGUAUACAUGUUCCUUAACUGGCGUUAGAGCUAAGGCAUUCGAUAUCGAUGGAACACAUGUAAGGCCUGGAUUGGAUGAAAACGCAAGAACUGUUUUAUUGACUUACGUUGAACAGUAUGCCCAAGCCAAUAAGUGGCCUAAAAUAGACAACCAGUCUAUUUUAAACAGUAUACGUAAUAAAAUGCAAGAAAUUAGAUUCAAAUGUAAUAAAUAAAUACAUUCAUAGAUUAUUUCAA